UGGAGCAAUGCAUCCAUGGAAUUCUGCAGCUGGCAUGGGGUCACUUGCAGUACACAAUCCCCACUCCGGGUAAUUGCACUUGAUCUCCCAUCAGAAGGAAUCACAGGCAGCAUACCACCUUGUAUUGCCAACCUCACUGAACUUACAAGGCUCCAACUGUCAAAUAAUAGCUUCCAUGGCAGCAUACCAUCCGAGCUUGGCUUCCUAACCCAGCUCAGCAUCCUCAACUUCAGCAUGAACUCCUUUGAAGGUAACAUCCCGUCUCAACUGACUUCAUGUUCCGAGCUUCAGAAGAUCGACCUCAGCAACAACAAACUCCAUGGGAGCAUCCCUUCUGCUUUUGGGGAUCUAACUAAGCUGCAAACACUUAAACUCUCCAGAAACCAGCUUUCUGGUGACAUACCACAAUCAUUGGGAAGCAACCUUUCACUAACAUAUGUUAAUCUUGGGAGGAAUGCUCUCACAGGGAGAAUCCCAGAAUCAUUGGCAAGCAGCACAUCUUUGAAGGUUCUAAAGCUCAUGAGCAAUUAUCUUACUGGAGAAAUCCCAAUGGCUCUAUUCAAUUGUUCAUCACUGGUUGAUCUUGAUCUCAAACAGAAUAACUUUGUUGGUUCUAUACCACCUAUUACUGCAAUAUCUCCGCAAAUGAAAUAUCUUGAUCUACAAAACAAUAAUCUCACAGGAACAAUACCUUCUUCACUAGGAAACAUUUCCUCCCUAAUUGAACUUGUUCUCGCAUCGAACAAUUUAGUUGGAAGCAUCCCAGAUAUCUUAGGUCAUGUUCCAACACUAGAGAGACUGGAAGUUAAUAUGAACAACUUAUCCGGCCCAGUUCCACCAUCUAUCUUCAAUGCAUCAUCACUGAUAUAUCUUGGAAUCGCAAACAACUCCCUUACGGGAGAAUUACCCUCAAACAUUGGCUACACACUCCCAAAUAUUCAGAAGUUAAUCCUCAUGUAUAACAAAUUGAGUGGCUCAAUCCCAAGUUCGCUUCUUAAUGCAUCCCAACUGCAGAGCCUUUCCAUUGCUAAUAACACCUUAACUGGGCCCAUACCAUUCUUUGGAUCAUUGCAGAAUCUGAAGAAACUCGACAUUGGAUGGAAUAUGCUAGAAGCAGGUGACUGGAGCUUCGUAUCAUCACUCUCAAAUUGCUCCAAAUUGACUGAACUGAAGCUGGAUGGGAAUAAUCUUCAAGGGAACCUACCAAGUUCUAUUGCUAACCUUUCUAGCAGUCUCACACACUUGUGGUUAGGAAAUAACCAAAUGUAUGGGCUUAUACCACCAGGGAUCGGCAAUCUUAAGAGUCUGAGUAUGUUGUACAUGGAUUACAAUUAUUUAGCUGGUAAUAUACCAGCAACAAUUGGAUUUCUACACAAAAUGGUCGACAUGUCCUUCGCGCAAAACAAACUGUCUGGGCAAAUCCCUGCUACUAUAGGCAACCUUGUUCAGCUGAAUGAGCUGCAUCUUGAUGGAAAUAACUUGAGUGGAAGCAUACCUGCAGGUAUACAUGACUUCACUCAACUCAAGAUACUCAACCUUGCUCACAACUCACUUCAUGGGACUAUACCAAUUGAUAUCUUUAAAAUAUUUUCUCUCUCUGAACAUUUGGAUUUGUCAUACAAUUACUUGACUGGAGGAAUACCACAAGAAGUUGGCAAUCUCAUUAAUCUAAAGAAACUUAGCAUCUCAAAUAAUAGGUUGUCUGGAAACGUCCCAUCCACUCUUGGUGACUGUGUGUUUCUUGAAUCUCUUGAGCUGCAAAGUAAUUUCCUUGAAGGAAUUAUUCCAGAAUCUUUUGCGAAAUUGGAAGGCAUCAAGAAGUUGGAUGUUUCUCAUAACCAGUUGUCUGGAAAAAUUCCAGAGUUCGUCACUUCCUUCAAGUCUCUACUUAAUAUUAAUUUAUCCUUCAACAAUUUUAACGGAUCAGUUCCAAGUGGUGGUGUUCUUCUGGAUGCUAGUGUGAUCUCAGUUGAAGGAAAUGAUCGUUUAUGUGCAAGGGUACCAUUGAAAGGUAUACCUUUUUGUUCAGCAUUGGAUGACAGGGGAAGGGUGCACAAGUCAUUGGUUCUAGCAUUGAAGAUAGUUAUACCAGUUGUUGCUGUUAUCACCAUUUUAUGUUUUCUGACGAUUUGUUCUAGAAAGAGAAUGCAGCUAAAUUCGAGAAAGUGGAUGCAAGUAAAGCCAGAUUCGCGACAAUUCAAUGGGGACCUGAAGAAGAUUACGUAUCAUGACAUUGUGAAGUCCACAAAAGGGUUUUCCUCAGUUAAUUUGAUUGGAUCAGGAUCAUUUGGAACAGUUUACAAGGGCAAUCUGGAAUUUCGAAAAGACCAAGUUGCCAUCAAGAUUUUUAACCUUGGCACAUAUGGAGCACAUAGGAGCUUUGAUGCAGAGUGUGAAGCCCUACGAAAUGUCCGCCAUCGAAAUCUUGUCAAAGUCAUCACUGUGUGCUCUUCAGUGGAUUCUACAGGGGCAGAUUUUAGGGCCUUAGUGUUUGAUUACAUCCAAAAUGGGAACCUUGAUAUGUGGUUACAUCCGAAGGAACAUGAUCAUGGUCAAAGAAUUUUUCUAACGUUAAGCCAGAGAAUUAAUAUAGCCUUAGACAUAUCAUUUGCUCUGGAUUAUCUUCACAACCGAUGUAAAUCUCCACUAGUACAUUGUGACUUGAAGCCAAGCAACAUCCUUUUAGAUCAUGACAUGGUUGCAUACGUCAGUGACUUCGGUUUAGCAAGAUUUCUAUGCACCAGAUCAAAUUCAGAUCAAGAAAGUUUAACAAGUUUGUGUUGUCUAAAAGGAUCUUUCGGAUACAUCCCACCAGAGUAUGGCAUGAGCGAAGAGAGAUCAACAAAGGGUGACGUCUAUAGUUUCGGGGUGCUUCUUUUAGAAAUGGUCACAGGCAUUAGUCCAAUUGAUGACAUAUUUAAUGACGGUACAAGCCUGCAUGAACUUGUUGCUAGAGACUUUCCCAAAGAUAUAUUCAAGGUUGUUGAUCACACCAUGCUACAAGAUGAAAUUGAUGCUGCUGAAGUGAUGCAGAGUUGCAUUAUUCCGUUGGUCAGGAUAGGACUCUCUUGCUCCAUGGCUUCACCCAAAGACCGAUGCGAAAUGGGACAAGUCUGUGCUGAGAUCCUUAGAAUCAAGCGUGAAUUCUCAAAGAUCGAUGGUGAAUGAAGAAAAAAAGAAACA